AUGACCCUCAAAUCGGAAAAUCAUCCGGAAACCGUAGUGGCAGGUGCUAGUAAAGGCCACCAAGUGGCGAUCAAUGGAUUUAUUGCCUGGCUUCUUAUCAUCACAGCAUUUGUGAUGUAUUUUCUUUGGGCCUGUCUUCCAGGAUCAUUAUUAGACUGGGCACUUAUAAAUUAUUACCCGGAUAAGUAUUGGGCAGAGGCAAUGCCGGCUCUUUUGAUUAUGUCAGUUGUGUAUUAUCUCUCCACUUCUUUUUUAUUGGUUUUAUACCGUACAAAUCCACUCACGGAUGGAUUUUGUGUAGUAGACUCAAAUGCUAAAGAAGAUCGUCACAGUCUUGAAAGUCUCUCAGAUGCUAAAGAAAGUGUUCCACCACUCACUGAUAUACCUGUGAGUGUUUCCAGUCGAUUGUUAUUUCAGCCAUGGAACUGA